AUGCUUUACCAGGAAAAACUCAAAGAGUGUGAGCAGUCGGUUCGUAAAUAUGAACAGGAAGUGGACAGCUUGACCUUCCGAAAUCAGCAGUUGUCAACAAGAGUACUGAUUCUCCAAGAAGAACUUGAUGAAGCUGAAGCCAACAAAAAGAAACACAAGCAUAAACAUGAUGCGACCCCGGUAAAUCUUCCAUCUCCUUCUUCAGUGUACAAUGAAGAACUCAUGAACAAGAUACAGGAGAAUGAAAGGCUUCAUAAACAGAGGGCAGAGAGUAACCAGAAGUACCAGAGUCGAUUGGAGGAGCUAGAGAAAUUAGUCAAGGACUAUGAGAAGAAAUUCAGUCAGCACCAAGAAGUAUUAGAUAACACAGUACAGAUGGACAAAGCCCAGAUAGACAAAUUACAGGAGGAAAAAGCCAUGCUGGAGGUCAAGUGUCAGACAAUGGAGAAGGAAAUCAAAACCUGCAGGUCAUGGACAGACAUUGCGGAGAACCAGUUGAAGACAGUACAGUUCCAUUUACAAAGACAAUUAGAGCAGGCCAACAAAAUCAUUGCAGACAAGCUGCCUUUCAUUGACACAAAUAUUAGCCCUUUCAAUUCAACAUGGCUGACCAUGAAUUAGAUGCACUAGAGAACAGAUUAGAUAUAAUUGAAAUAAGGUGUUUGGAAGCUCAGAGAAAGAUGCAUUUUAUCCCAAGGACAAAAAGAGGGCAGAUGAGGUAGUUACGAUGUUUAUCUGCUAGAUACAUUUAUACUACUAUAUAUACUCACAGUUAUGUGUUUGAUUUUCUGUGUUUUUGAGAUAAUAUAUAUUGUACAUAUAUGCACUUGCAAAGUUCAUAUACUUAGUGUAUCACUUUUUCACAUAACCGGGUGGGGUAUUGAAGAUUUUAUAUAUUAUUUAUUUAUUCACUUUUGACCAAUAUUGCAAUGGUACUUUAUCUAUAUUAGAAAUCCCAUUUAUAUGUACAAUAAAACUUGUCUGUAGGGACUUUAGUUACAAGGAUUUUCCAUAAUGAAUAAAUCAGAAUAAUUCACUUCUUUUGCUUUGGAGACUA